AUCGACAUAGGAAUAUGUUUUCCUUGGCCAUCCUGUUGUAUACCACAUGGAUUUAGUAAACAUUUGCUGUCGAGUCGCUAACUACCUAGUAUUCGGAAAUUAAUCAACUUUUACUUUAUAUGAAGCAGUAUGAUAGCUUUUAAUUUAAACGGUUUGUUUCCGACGACAUUUUCGCCGUCGCCGGUAGCCAUUGGCAUUAGCUAGUAGCAUAGCAAAGCCCGGAGUUUACCACCUCGUAGACGCGUCAGAUCAGGGCUCGCAGAGAUGCAGACUCGGUCCAGGCUUGAUGUCAUCGCUGGGCUUGAGCUUGGGCUCCCCGCUGCUGGUGUCUCUGCCUGGGGGAAGCUGUCUCUGUACCGCCUGGCCUCGGCCUGACCUGGCUGAGGGCUUCCUGCAGGUGGACAUGAAGUGCUGUUCUCCAGGUCUGGUCCGUCACCAACCCUCACGCCUAACCCUGGAGCCCGAGCAGCUCACACGCGUACAUUGUCCCAAAUUGAAAGGCAUGAAGUUAAGCGUGGUCGUUCAGAGUGUUGAAUUUAAAAGAGGCACACCUCCUCGACUUGUACAUGAGCUUGUGAAAGACAUGCUGAAGGGUGUCUUGGUGCAGAAGAACCAUGUUGUAAACCUUGAGGGUUUUGACACAGACAUAAGAUAUGUUGUCAUUGAAAACAUCUAUCCGGAUACUAACACUGCUGGACUUGUCACCUCCAAAACUGGUAUGGAGAUUGCUGACAUCCAGACUGUCAGGCACUUCCAUGCCCAUCUUCAGGACCAGCAAACAGUGCCUCUGGGAGGGCUGGAGGAGGUGAAUGCAUUGCUGAGAGAGAUGCUGCAGCUGCCACUGCUCUACCCAGGAACUCUCACUUCUCUGGGUGUGUCUUGUCCCAGAGGCGUACUGCUGGUGGGGCCUCCAGGUGUUGGGAAGACCCAGCUGGUUCGCAAAGUGGUGGGAGAAGUAGGAGCUAGCCUUGUCGUGGUCAGAGGGCCAGAGGUGGUGCGGUCCCGACCAGGUGAGAGCGAGGAGAUGUUGCGAGCCAUGUUUGUGCAGGCUCGCACCGCAGCAGAGGAGGGCCCAUGUGUGCUGUUCUUAGACGAGUUGGACUCUCUGUGUCCGAGAAGAACUGGCACAUCUGCACCAGAGAACCGCCUGGUGGCUCAGCUCCUCACACUAAUGGACGGGGUGGACCAGUCGGAUAGAUUCCUGGUUGUCGGUGCCACCAACCGGCCAGACAGCUUAGACCCAGCACUGCGCAGGCCUGGAAGAUUUGACAGAGAGGUCAUCAUUGGAGUUCCCACCUUGCAGCAGAGAGCUACUAUCUUGUCUGUUCUGUGUGAAAAGAUGCCAGUGUGCCCCAGCGUGGAGAUGACAGAGCUAGCACAGAGAACUACAGGUUAUGUUGGGUCAGACCUCAGCGCCUUGUGCAGGGAGGCUGCCAUGCACGCUGUGCGGGAAAAUGCAAAGGGUUCAGGAGAGCAGGCAGUGGAUAUGAAGCAUUUUCUGGAGGCUCUGAAGUUGGUGCGCCCCUCCUGCCUGCGGAGCAGCCUGGGGCGGACAGACCUCUCUCCAGUAACGUGGAACCAAAUCGGAGGCCUUGAGGAGAUCAAAUUGAAACUAAGACAGAGUAUUGAGUGGCCGAUGAUGUACCCCGAGGCCUUCUCUCGCCUGGGUUUGGGUCGCCCUCGCGGUGUGCUUCUCUACGGACCUCCAGGAUGUUCAAAGACGACGCUGGUCCGAGCAGCAGCCUCCGCCUCCCACUGUACCUUCCUGUCUGUCAGUGGUGCUGACCUCUACUCUCCCUAUGUGGGAGACUCAGAGCAGGCUUUGUCACAGCUGUUUCGCCAGGCACGGGCCUGCGCUCCCUGCGUCUUGUUCCUCGAUGAGAUAGACUCUCUGAUCGGCUCUCGGUCCAGCAGUCAGGCAGCUAAUAGCGUUCAGACUCGACUCUUGUCUGUGCUUCUCAAUGAGAUGGACGGUGUUGGCCUGAAGACGUUGGAAAGGAGAGGAGAGCAGAAGAUCCUCCAAAUAGAUGGAGCAGAGGAAAACCAUACUCAAGAGCAGUCGGACUGCCAGGAAGUGUGUAACAAAGACGUGAUGGUUGUAGCAGCCACAAACAGGCCAGACUGUUUGGACAGUGCUCUGCUGAGGCCUGGUAGAUUGGACCACAUUAUCUAUGUACCACCACCUGACCAGCAGUCCCGUCUUGCCAUCCUGAAGGUGUGCACAAAGUCCAUGCCUGUGGAUCCAGACGUAUGUUUGGAGGAGCUGGCUGCCGGGACUGAUCUUUACUCUGGAGCUGACCUGGAAAAUCUUUGUAAAGAGGCUGCACUGCUGGCGUUGUUUGAAAACAUGGAGGCUUCUACCAUAAAGCACACGUACUUCCUGCAGUCCCUCAAGAAAACGAGACCUUCUCUGACAGCCCAGCAAAUCCAGACAUACCAAACAGCUUCCAGAUAACGCCUCAUUAUA